CACUGGGAUCAUGGAAUAGCCAACUCCGAAUGCGCCACCACUCGAUCGUCGUGAUCGGUCAUCGUGUCAGAAGUUGAUUGAUCAGUCAGUCAUUGACUGAUGAUCGAGUAAUCAGCAAAAGUUUACUAAACUAAUGUUAAAAAAAAUGGCCUUAUGACAGACAACAAGACAAUUUAAAAGAUGAUGUCACAAGACUCAGGACUUGCAAUGCCGAUCACAGAAAUGAGCAAUCAUGUCACAGAAUGCAUUGAUGUUGCUACGCCUCAAGAUAUUGUAGAAAUGUUAAGUGUCUGUGACAAUGAGAUGUUGAAUGGUUGGCAACGUUUUAAAAGCCUUGCUUCAUCAGAAGUUCAUGAUGAUAUUAUAAAGGUUGCUGAUGCUGUGGCAAAUGUCUUGAAGCAUAAACAAGGAAGUGUGAUUCUCAGUGGCUGUGGAACAUCGGGAAGAAUUGCCUUCUUUUUGGCUAGAAAGUUUAAUCAGCUUCUGGAGGAACUGGGCUUGGUACCUUGUUUUGAAUAUCUGAUAGCAGGAGGUGACAAGGCUCUCUUCACUUCCCAAGAAGCACCUGAAGAUGACCCAGCAUCAGGCACAAGAGUGCUUCAGCAGGCUUUGGAAGGAAAGAAAUGUUCAAUUUUGUUUGGAAUCACUUGCAGUUUGUCGGCUGCCUUCAUCGCAGGCCAACUAGAUUACUGUUUAGACAAACUCGACCUUGUGACACCAGUACUCUUAGGUUUUAAUCCAGUUAUUAAUAUAAAGAAUGUGGAAAUUGAAAAUUGGGACAAGACAUUUCUCCAAGUUGCUGAAAAACUUCAAAAAAUACAGGGAACCGGAAAUGGUUUUAUUAUAAAUCCAAUUUUAGGGCCAGAAGCUAUUACUGGAUCUUCCAGGAUGAAGGGUGGUAGCGCAACAAAAAUAGUUCUUGAAUUAGUCUUUCUCACUGCCAUUCAGAAGGUGCUUAUCAACACAUCUGCUUGUCAACCUUACAUCAAAUGCCUGCAUGCCAUGCAGACGACAGUAUGCAAGGCUACAUAUAAAGUUAAAGGUGACAUUGCAGCAGUAGUGACUAUGGCAGGAGAAAGUCUUAAUGCAGAGGGACAUGUUUACUAUAUUGGUGCUGGAAUCUCUGGAAUCCUUGGGCUAAUCGAUGCCUCUGAAUGCCCACCAACAUACAGUUCUGAGUUUGAUGACAUCAGAGGAUUUCUUCUUGGUGGCUAUGAAUCUUUCAGGAACAAAGAAGGAAACUUGUCAAAUAAAGGAGAAGCAUAUUACAUAAGCCUUGAUCACUUUUCAUGCAAAAUUCAGCCGAGUCUUUCAGUCAAUGAUACUGUUAUUUUCAUUUUACAUUCUGAUGCCAGUACUCUGAAAGUAUUCCUUGCAAUUUAUAAGAAAUUAAAAACUAUGUGUAAAGUGUCAGUAAUAUGUGUAGAUGAACCUUUUCAGGGAACUAAAUAUCAGGAUUUUGUACGCCAACAUUUCUCCAGUGCUGUGAUAGUGAGCCUUCCAUGGGACCAAAUCUUACCCACUUUUCAAAAUGGUAAUAACACAGACCAAAAAGAAGAUAAAGUUCUGAAGGCUGCCCUCUAUGGUGGAGUUGAGCUAUCUGUCAAAUUGAUAUUGAAUGCCAUCAGCACCGGUGCACAUGUGCUCAAAGGCAAGGUGUAUAAGCAUUUCAUGGUUGACAUGAAGCUCAGCAAUAGUAAGUUGUUGAACAGAGGAAUAGGUAUCGUGGAGAAGCUGAGUCAAUGCAGUAGAGAGGUUGCUGAGGAGUCUGUUUUGAAGUCCAUUUAUGAAAUAGACAAGCUACCUGCAGACAUACGCAAGGCUAAGGUCUCGCAACACAUACAGCGUGCUAAUGCUGGUACCAAGCUAGUGCCAAUUGCAUUGGUGUUGGCAAACAAGAACUGCACUGUUCUAGAAGCAAAGAGUGCCCUCAACUCAUCAAAACAAAUCCGUACGGCUAUUAAUCAGACUUACAAUCCUCUCUUGUAAGCUUGUAUAAAGGAAAAAAAUGAUAAAGAAUAAUUCAAUUAAAAUUCAGGUAUUGUGAAGACCUAAAAUCAGGGAAGUCAAACUUGAGUGUAGUUGGUCCAUUUCAAUCACAGAUGUAUAAAAUAUUAUUUCCCCUAGUCUCUCAUAGCUAGUGUAUGUUAAGUAUAUUUGUACUCUGAUAAGUAUAAUGAACAAUUUGAUAAGAUUAAAAUGUUAGAAUUUUAGUUAUAUUUUCAUUAUCCAAGCAAAUUUUAAUCAUGCUUAGUGCCAUUUUAUGACAGUAUUCAUUAUUUAAUACCAAAUGAAUACUCUUAAUAUAUUUUAAGAUUUUGUUUAGAAUUUUAGAAAAAUGGAAAAAUCCUUGCAAUAUUAUAUAAAAUGGUAAUAAUAAUACUGUAUAUAGUUAUAAUAGAAAAUAUUAACCUGCAAAGAAGUAACAUAAUUAUUAAGGGCAAGUAACUUGUGAGGAGUGCCAUAGUUUUUUUUCCCAAGUAUUGUGUUUCUGCGGGUUACCGAAGUAGAAGAACCCUCUCAGCGUCAGUACAGUAUGUUGGUUAUGUCUGGAGAGCACUAUAUAGUGCCCUGGUUCUCAGCUUCCAGAGUACAAUCCAAAACGUACCGGGAGUUUCAAAAUUUGGACUGUGAGAUAUCAGAAAUUAUUUUAAAAAUGUGUUGAUUGCAAACCAAACCUGACUAAUAACACCAUUUUAUUUUCCGAAUUUCCAUUAGCUUUGAAUCUCAAACCAGUGGCUUACCCCUAGCUAAGGCUCCUGUGGCACUGUGACAUUUUAAGUGGUUACAAAUGGCCCCAUUCUGAAAAAAGAAGCAGGGCUAUAAGUGAAUCAGUCUGGCUUUCAGAAAUUCAGAAUGUAAAGCCAGUAAAAACACUUUGUAACCAAAAUGUAGUAUGUAGUGAAAAAGGCCUAAAUUACAGCAUUAAUGUGUGAUAGUAUAGUAAGUUAACCAAGUUUUUAUUGAUACACAUGUAAAUUGUGUUUUUUUGUAGUCUGUUAUAUAUAGUAAUGUAUCCUCAGUAGCUAAUGUGCACUUUAAGUAAUACCAUUGUCAUAGCGCCACUGAACAUUGCAUUCUGCCGUGGAUAUUGGCCUUUACAAAUCAUUGAUUGAUUGAUUGAUUGAUUGAUUGAUUGAUUGAUUGAAAAAGCAU